AUGACGGCCAAGAGUGAGGACAGCUGGUAUAAGGUCUUCCGAAUUGUUUUCCCAAACGACCCUUUGCCAAGCAGCCCGUAUUUUGAGAACGUCAUCCCCCAGCCGUAUGCGGCAUUUGCACAUACUCUUGAAUUCAAUUUCAAAAAUAGGAUAAAUGACCUAAGACAACGAAUGUCACAGGACGUUUAUGAAGAGCUGACAAAGAUUAUUGUUUCUGAAACGAUUCGUGCGACAUUCCAAGACUGGUUGGCUAAAUCGUCUUCAGGUUCUCAGUCUGGAAACUCUUCCCGUGACCAACAUGAUCAACAGUUUGACCAACAAAACCAAGAAACACAUGAUUGUGUUUGGGUGUCUGAGAGGCGAGGGAUGCAUAGCCCGAUGGGCCAGAGCGUUCAUAUCCAGAGUCACCAUGUCACGAGGAGCUCCAUGCCCCAGGAUGAAAUGCCUACGCAACAGCAAAACAACCCACACAUUGCACGAUAUACUUAUAUAACUCGCGAUCCCCAGUAUUCAGAACCAGCCAUUGGUGUUGUAGAGCCCGCAAGUCCAGGGCCCUCUACAUACGAUUUGCCGAACGCACUACAUAGCGUGGGCAGUCUCGGACAGGAAGAACAAGAAAGCUUUCCAUGCCCAUCAGCUGAGUUGAAUACGGGACAGUGGACAGGAUAUCCAUCUGAAUUUGAAACAUUUCCUGGGGUGUUCUAUAACAGCACAACUCAGCACCAACAGCAGCAGAAUUGGGAGCAGUAUCAGCAUGAAGAGCAGGAACAAGAUGAGGAGACACAACAGCAGCAACUGCAAGUCUUGCCGAACCGGAAUGAACAAAAAUUGAGCUAUUUUGAUUACGAAACCGAAUAG